AUGGAAGGCAUCCUGGUGGAAUCGAGAUGCCGCGGUGGUAGCCAUUUCGCCCCGGUUUUCGAAUUGACUACCAAUUCCCAGGCGGAAGAAUACACAGGCUUCAUCAACCGCACUAGCGGUUCUACUGGAAGUAUGAAGUCCGUUCUGGUCAGCCACGCCCAUUUCAUCGCAACGAUGGAAGCCACUCGCCUCACAGUUCCAUCAACCACCAACCCAGACGAAGAUGCGAAGGAGGAUAUGGAGCGGUAUGCGGGUGAGAGACUGACUGGCUUGCAAUGUCUGUCCAGUGGGGUCCGCUGUAUUGAUCAGAUUCCGGUGACGGGAUUCAAGAUCAACCAGAGAGUCUUGAGGAACAUGGCCUAG